AUGGGGAGGGAUCCCAUCGAGUGGCGGGAGCUGGCCUACGCCGUAGCGCAAGAUGACGGGAUCGAACUGCUCGAUUCCAGGAAGGCGUCGCGUAUUACAAGGUGCAACACGACUCGCUGCACGAUUUGUGGAGAUGCAACGAAGCAUAACAUGCAGUACCGGCUUCUCGAGUGCACGUCGGCAGCGUGCUUGCAAGGCCGCUGUGAAUGGCGCGGAAAGGUCCUCACCUGCCCUACCACCCACAGAAUGACCGUGUAUGAAGCCGGUCGCCAUUGGUCAGAUGCAGCGUCGCCCCGACGCGUGAAACUUACAAGACAGCAGAAGAAGUAUUGUGGAGAGCUUGCUGCUCAGAGGGUGAAGCCAGUCCGCGUUCGUAAUGCGCUUCGAGUCCAAUUUGGUCUACAAGGGGAAUCGGUGCCACGAUUGCUCUCCAUUCAAAAUUUUGUCCACUACUAUUCAAAGACACAGCUUGGCUGCAAUGAUGACCACGAUGAAGUUGUGAAGAUUGUGCGCGAGAUGGCGUACCAAGAUGGCGCCGAUGACUUUCGACCGAUUACUUUCACGGAUUUCAAAACCCCCGAUGGUCUGCUUCACGUCGGUGAUGGCUCGGACGAGGAGCCUUUUGUCGCUGGAAUAACAACCCGGGCGUUGUUGACACGUUUGGACCGGGAUCCUUCAACGUUCAUCUUCCACAUCGACACAACGUUUAAGCUAUCUCAGGUGGGCUACCCGGUGUUGGUUAUGGGCAUAUCAGACCGCUCGCGCUCGUUCCACCUCGUCGCGUUCUUUAUCCUAUCCCAGCGUAGCGAUAGCGUCUACACUGCGGCCUUAAGUGCUUUCCGCGCUAUUUACACGGAUACUACAGGAAAGCAGAUUCGUCUAAAGUUUGUGAUGGGCGAUGCUGAGAGUGGUCAGCUGACCGCGUUGGAGCAGGGUUUCCGAGAUGACUCGGACUUCAUGUUCCUGAUGUGCUUCUUCCACGUAAUGAAGAAAGUUCAAGAGAAGACGAAGUGCCUCCCAGAUCGUGUUGCCAAUGGAGUACUCACCCAGAUCUAUGACAUGCAUUUUUGCUCAAGUUUUCCCGAGUUGGUCCAAGCCGCAAACUGUUACUGGAAGGAGUGGAAUGAGCGAAGUGAUCUCGAAGCGUUUACUGCCUAUUUCAAGUCUCAGUGGCUUGGUGCCCGAUUUUCGCGCUGGCAAUGUUGUUACACGGCGCCAGGGUUUGCCACUACCAACAAUCCUGUGGAAUAG